UUGAAAUAACUUGGAUGUAAUUUUGAACUUUAUCACUCCCAUUUGGUUCUGUAAUAGAUUGAACUGGGAUAACUAAUCCAAAUAAUAUUAUAAUUUUUAAUCAUUAUCUGAGAUCGAAUUUCUAGUUAUAAAGAAAAGACUGUUCAUGAUACAAGCAGAGUUUUUUGUGCGAGUCCUGGGGCCAAUGAGCAAAGAUAAGUAGAGUGCUACUCAUCUCUUAAAAGCAAUUUACUUCCACCCGUCUUUCUCUGGUGGCUGCUGAAAAGGUGCUGUAGAACCAUAGGACAGGAGUCUACAAAAGAGGACGAGUUUGGGGAAAAUGGCCUGUGAAUUCAAUCUAAACUUCCUUAAGCAACAGGAACAAGAAGCUGUUCUAGAAGUCCUGUACCGUGACCAGAUGGUGAGAGAAACAGAGGAGAAAAGAAUAAGAGAUGUGAAAGUAAAGGCUGGCGAAUGGUUUUUUGAGGAACGAGCAAAGAAAUAUCCAGGUGAAGGCAGACACGAAACAGUUGGUGCGAAGCUCUUGAAAUCUUAUCAGAAACUGAGUAAAAUUUCUGUCAUACCUCCAACUCCACCUCCUUUCACAGAAUCCACAGCAGGAAGUAACGUGAUGGAACUCGGUCAGUCUAAAAGUUUUAACAAAUCUGUGGAAAACUUGUUUCUGUCUCUCACAACACAUAUAAAAAAAAUCUCGAAGUCCCAGAAUGAUAUGGCUGACAGAUGUCUCCUAACCACAGAUCAUGGGCAGAAUUUGGAAAGAAGGAAGCAAAGAAGGAGCCAGUCUGACACAGCCAUCAACAUUACAAGCAGGAUUAAAAGUACACCCAGUCUUCAGCAGCUCAUUACUGGGGCCCAAAAUGACAUUGAAAUUCUGACCAAAAGGAAUUGCAAGGAGGAAGAAGGCAUAAUAACGAGUCCUACAAGUGAUGCAGUUUUCUGUGAUGGCAAAACACAUGGGAGUUUGUAUAGUCUUAACAGCACUUGCACUGAGUCUGGAAAUUUUAGCAAAGCUAAUGUCAUGGGAGAAAUAGAGUUUGCCAUGAGAUAUAUCUUCAAAGCUUGCAUCUUAGAAAUUUGUAUCAAGAGGUGCAAGAACCUGGCUUAUGGAGAAGAGAAGAAGAAGAAGUGUAACCCGUAUGUUAAAGUUUAUUUACUUCCUGAUAAAUCUCCUCGGAGUAAGCGGAAGACAACUGUCAAAAAGAGAACAGUGGAUCCGGAAUUCGAUGAGACUUUGAAGUACAAGAUUGAAUACUCCCAGCUGGGAAGUCGGCAGCUUCAGAUCUCUGUGUGGCAUGCAGGAGCACUCAAAUACAAGGUGUUUUUGGGGGAAGUGGUGAUUCCACUGGCAGCAUGGGAUUUUCAAGAGGACUCAAUGCAGUUGUUCAGCUGGUACCAGCUCAAGCCGAAGCUUGAAAAGCCUGGACAUGAUCUUAUCGAGUACAGUGGUGAACUCCUUGUGUCUGCAAGACUGUCAGCACCAGCUCAGUAUAAGAAUUUCCAGUUUGAAGGAAGAAAAGACCAAGGCAUUCCCAGCUGCCAGCUUCAGGUUGUGAUAACUGGGGCCAAGAACUUGCCUGUGCUGAGAACUUCUGGAAUGCCGAACCCAUUUGUUAUAGGUUGUCUUAUCCUUCCAGACCAACCAGAGGUAAAGCAGAAGUCUUCUGUCUGGAGGAAAGAAGCCUGUCCCCAGUGGAAUCACUUCUUUGUCUUUGAUGGUGUGACCCCAGCUCAGCUGCAGCAGUCAUGUCUACACUUGACUGUCUGGGACAAGUCAACUUCCAGCUCAAGCAAUCAGUUCCUAGGAGGAGCUACACUUGGUGCAAUGGAAUGGUUUGGCUCUACAGCCCUUUCUCAGUCAGUGCUUCAAUGGCAGGAAGUACUCUGCAGACCGAACACAUGGAUGGACUUCACACUUGUACUGCAUUCAAACAAGGAAUACUUUAAAUCAUAAGAGAACUGCACAACAGCUUUCCCCAUGUGUGAAGCUUUCAAUUCAAGUGGCAUGUGCCUUUCAGGUCUGGUGAAAGGUACACUGCAAGCAUACCUAGUCCAGCAUUUGUGAAAGAGAGUUAUACAUUUGAAAGUGUGUGAGGUUUUAUUGCUCCAAAGGUUAAGGCUUUGUUAUCUGUGCAUCUAUCUGAAGUAUAAGGUUUCUUUGAGAGCGACAAACUCAGAAAUGCAGUGUGGUGACAAGGCAACAGUAGCCAGAUGAGGUGCAGCUUUCUAGUUCUGGGCAUAGAACUGUCAUUCUUUAAUCACAGAUAGGAAUACAUCUUAAAUAACUAUUACUUUAAAGUUACCUGCCUUCACUCUCAUUUUGAUGUUUUAUAUGUUGAAGGAAUUGUCCUGCACUCCUCAGCAGGAGUGAGGGACACCACUUAAUAGAACAGUGUGGUUGCACUAAGUUCCUUGCUCUUAUCAGCUGUAAGACAGUAUUAACAAGAUCCAUAUGGCACACAGAACAGGAGUUUAGCUAGGGUUAUAAUUUAUUCAUGUAAGCUUAAGGCCCAGCUGCUGUGUGAGUUCACUUUGCCUGUGAACUGUAGUGUUA